GUGAAAUAGAAUAAUUUAUUUAAUUUAAUUUAUUAAAAUCAGAGGGAAAUACAUUUUAUUUAACAUACAAUUAUGCCACCAAAGCGAAGUGCUAUUUGUCGAACUACAAAUCAAGCAAAAAGGAGAAGAGAAGAACGAGCUACAGAAACAAGUGAGCAGAGAAAAACUAGGCAAGAACAAGAUCGAGUUCACACUGCUCUUGCUCGAUCACUAGAAAUGAGUGAGCAGAGGCAAGCAAGGCAAGAAAGAGAUCGAGUUAACACUGCUCUUGCUCGAUCAUUAGAAACGAGUGAGCAGAGAAAAACUAGGCAAAAAAGAGAUCGAGUUCACACUGCACUUGCUCGAUCAUUAGAAACGAGUGAGCAGAGAAAAACUAGGCAAGAACAAGAUCGAGUUCACACUGCUCUUGCUCGAUCACUAGAAACGAGUGAGCAGAGGCAAGCAAGGCAAGAAAGAGAUCGAGUUAACACUGCUCUUGCUCGAUCAUUAGAAACGAGUGAGCAGAGAAAAACUAGGCAAGAAAGAGAUCGAGUUCACACUGCGCUUGCUCGAUCACUAGAAACGAGUGAGCAGAGGCAAGCAAGGCAAGAAAAAGAUCGAGUUAACACUGCACUUGCUCGAUCAUUAGAAAGGUAUUUCAUGCACAUUCCCACAGUAUCCAAGCCGCCAACAAACGAACAGCGUACGCGACCCCAAUCCGCGCACUUGCAAGGUCAGCACACGUCAUGUGCGGGUUGUUUGAAUGCUCUGCACUUGAGUCGCGAGGAGUUUGUUAUUGCUUUGGGACAAGAGUGGCACAGCGAGUGUUUCCGUUGCUCGGUUUGUGAUGUACAUUUGCACAAUUGGUAUUUUGAGAAGGAGGGAUUGCUAUUUUGUCGCGAGGAUUAUUAUCAGCGUUUCGGUGAAGCUUGUCAACAAUGCAGUGCCGUGAUAACAGGGCCUGUUAUGGUUGCUGGUGAUCAUAAAUUUCAUCCGGAAUGUUUCUGUUGCAGUGCUUGCGCAACUUUUAUUGGCGAUGGUGAAUCCUAUGCUUUGGUCGAACGAUCUAAAUUGUAUUGUGGAACGUGUUACAAAAAACAAACUAGCCCCACAAGUGAAACGGACGGCGGAGGUAAUGCUAAACCUUUGCAUUCGAUACGUUUAGUGGAAAUUCCGAAGGAUGCCACACCGGGCUUAAGGCUAUCCGUAGAUAAUGUUAGCGUACAGCGUCAUUUCAUAGAUGGUAGCUCUCCAGUACAUGGUUUCAUUGCGCCUACCGUGCGUUUAGAUGGUAGCGGUGGGGCAGGCGAUAUUUGUCCAGCUGUGAGAAUUUCAGAAUUCAUUUGUAGAAUAUAUGGCAGAGUGGGAAAAUACGUAUUCUCCUUUAUAACAUCAGUGAUCGAUCAAUGUUGUGGUGCAUAUAGAAUCGAUGUAAAUUUAGCAAACUUGCAUAUUGGCGAUCGUAUUUUAGAAGUGAAUGGCACACCAGUCAGUGACACUUCGAUCGAACAUAUUGAUAAACUGAUACGCAGUACAGAGAAAAUACUACAACUAACCGUUGAGCACGAUCCAGUACAAGUUUGUCGUAGCUGCAGCCAGGCCGAUAUACAGAAAGCCACGAUUGAAGCACCGCCAUUGGCAACAUCAGCGUCAAGUAUAGAAGUGUAUGGCCGUAACGAAAACAAUCUAAACACAAAAAACGAUAAGGAACGACUUUUCAAACGUAAAGAUGAAGGUUAUAUCAGUGGCACAAAGACACGACAAUUGCGCAAAAAUAAAAAUUUAAAUAUGAUAACACAUGAUGUGAAUCAAAUGCCGCACACCACAAAUACAACAACAACAAAUCUACCAUUUAAAGAAAAAGAACGCUGUUCCAGUAUGUCAAAAUUGUUGGAUGAGCAACAUGCUCAACCGCAGGAUAUGUAUGAUUUAUCGCGCACCAAGUCAUUCCGUGUUGAACCUAAGCCACAGCGCAUAUUUCGUGCGUCUGACUUAGUACUAGGUGAACUACUUGGAAAAGGAUUUUUUGGACAAGUCUAUAAAGUAACACAUCGCCUUACGAAGGAAGUCAUGGUACUUAAGGAACUAUAUCGCGUCGAUGAAGAAGCGCAGCGUAAUUUUUUAAAAGAAGUCGCAGUUUUGCGUUCACUGCAUCAUAAGAAUGUGCUUCGUUUUAUUGGCGUUUUGUACAAAGACAAAAAGUUACAUUUAGUUACGGAAUAUAUACCAGGUGGUUCUUUGAAGGAGUUAAUACACGAUUCGGGCCUGCCAUUAACAUGGCCACAACGUGUUUCAUUUGCAAAAGACAUUGCUUGUGGCAUGAGUUAUUUACAUUCCAUGAAUAUAAUACAUCGGGAUUUGAAUUCGUUAAAUUGUUUAGUGCGUGAUGAUAAAAGCGUGAUUGUAGCAGACUUCGGUUUGGCAAGAAUUAUAACGUCACCUCUAUAUAGUAGUUCUACAACAAGCGGUGGUAAUGGCACAAAUUCGAAUACUGGCACUUUUGGUCGAAGUAAAAGUCGACAAAGGCGUCAACGUUACACAGUCGUGGGUAAUCCAUAUUGGAUGGCACCUGAAAUGAUGAAAGGCUUAAAAUACGAUGAAAAAGUUGAUGUCUUCUCGUUUGGAAUUGUGCUUUGUGAGGUACGUAUUAAGGAAUGA